AAUUACUUGUUAUUUCAUUGCCAUUUGCCUCUCAAUGAAUCAUUCCCAAGUUCCCAUCAAGGCCAGUUUCUGUUGUUAGUGUUUAACUACUUGUAUUGGCAUGUUUAAACCAAAGCUAGACAAUGCAUUUCUCGCCCUGCCGGCUUUUUUUUGUAUGUUUGCUACUUGUCAAGAACAAGCAGCUAAAACAUUCUUGGAUGGAACCUCAGUGUACUUUUGGAAAAGAUUUGAGCCAAUGAUGACAAACCAGGCCACUAUAUAUAUAAGGGCAAAUUCCAGUUUUCAAGCUUUCAUUUUAUUGCAGAAGAGACAGGAAAAAGAGGGCAAUGGGUAGCUCCAAUGAUCAUCAUCUUCUCCAAAGUCAUCAACUUUCUGACUCGAACCGGAAUGGAAUUGCAGUAGUAAUGGUGCCUUUUCCAGCUCAAGGCCAUCUCAAUCAGCUUCUGCAGCUUUCCUGCCUAAUAUCAUCAUCCUAUGGAUUACCAGUUCACUAUGUUGGCUCUGCCAUCCACAACCGGCAGGCCAGGCUCCGAGCCAACGGCCUAAGCCCUUCACAAAUAGCCAAAAUCCAUUUCCAUGAUCUCCCAACUCCAGAGUUUGAUUCACCUCCCCCGGACCCCAACGCCUCGGUUAAGUUCCCGGUUCAGCUGCAGCCGUCCUGGUUCGCUUCUGUUCAUCUGCGCCACCCCGUUGCUGCAUUGUUACAGCAGAUGUCCUCCAAAGCAAGAAGGGUUGUGAUAGUUCAUGACCCUUCAAUGUCAAUGGUUGUUCAAGAUGCUGUCUCAAUUGCCAAUGCAGAAUGCUAUGCCUUCAACUGCAUAUCUGUUUUCACUCUUCUCAUCAUGGUGGUUGAAGGGCUGGGAAAACCAUUCCCAUUUCAAGAAUCAGCAAAAGGGCUGCCCUCCAUCGAGGGAGUCACGACGGAUGAAGGCUGGAGAUUUGCAGCUGCACAGUAUGAAUAUAUGAGGAUUAGAGAAGGAGAUCUGCAUAAUACAUCCAGAGUAAUUGAAGGUCCUUUCUUGGAUCUCCUUUCAAGUCAAGAACCAAGCUUGAACAAACGGCAGUGGGCAAUUGGUCCAAUACUGCCACUAAAAUUAGGCAACCAUGAUGGCUUAAGCAGGAAACAUGAGUGCUUAGAGUGGCUCAAUAAACAAGCUCCAAAAUCUGUACUGUACAUGUCGUUUGGAACAACAGUUUCGCUGUCAGAUAAACAGGUCAGGGAGCUUGCAGAAGGACUAGAACAAAGCCGACAUAAGUUCUUAUGGGUACUAAGAGAUGCUGAUAAAGGAGAUAUCUUCGACGGGGAUGACAGAAGAGUUGAGCUACCAGAAGGGUUGGAAGAGAGAGUGGAAGGCAUUGGACUAGUGAUCAGAGACUGGGCGCCUCAGCGCGAAAUCUUGGCUCAUUCAUCCAUUGGUGCCUUCAUGAGCCAUUGCGGUUGGAAUUCUUGCAUAGAAAGCAUUAGCAUGGGAGUGCCAAUUGCUUGCUGGCCUAUGCAUUCAGACCAACCAAGAAACAGUUUCCUAGUGACAGAAAUGCUCAAAACAGGCUUGCUUAUAAGGGAAUGGGAGAAACGCAACGAACUGGUAAGUUCAUCAACCAUUAAAGACAUUGUGAGAAGAUUGAUGGCUUCGGAGGAAGGGAAUAAGAUCAGAAAGAGAGCAGGGGAAGUAGGCAAUGCUGUUAGGCAUUCAGCAGAGGAAGGAGGUGUUUCUAGGAUGGAGCUUCAAUCUUUCAUUUCACAUGUAAUGAGAUAAACUUGGUUGUUCUAUUUCUAUUACAAAAUGGAAGUAAUCAGCCAACCCCAACUUAACAAGGUUAGCUAACUAUGUUACCAAACGGAACUAUUAACAAUGCUUAUCACCGAUAAAUUUUUGCAAAAAAAAUGUAAAAUAUUUUCCCAUAUGCACCACUUUCUAAUCCUCCAAGAGCUGGUUUGAGU